UUUGCAUUCCAAAAUGUAAGUUAGUACUUCAAGAUUUGUUCUGUUCAUUGAAUUCGAUUUGCAGCAUUCGUAGGAGAGUAAUAAUUAGAUAUGUGGACGGAAGUGUACUCUAAAUCAUUUGCCCUAGGUCCCAGCAAGUGUCUUUUAACCAACUGGAUAUGCGCACAGGUUCUUAUUUUAGAUAAAAUUCCCGUAUGCCACAUACAGAUAUGUACACACAUACCCAGGCGUGAAUCCAGAAAUUCCUAAAUCAUUGCUCUGACUCAAUGUGAGUGGGGGGUUACGCCGUGUCAGCUUGCGCCAUUUCUUCCCAAGGCAAGGUGAUGUGAUGAAAUCCGCAUGAUGCACAGCCCAGACUUGUGAGCCAAUAGCAGACUGGCCCCACGCUGACAAGGAUGCCCGCUGGGCAGCCAGCCUGGCCUCUGCACGACUCUUCCUACAUCCUCACCUUGGGUGGUUAGGCUGCGCUGGAAGGGGCUUAGGUUGACUUUGAAUCCCCUCCGAAUGCAAUCAAGGAUGACUUUGAACUCCUGACCCUGCUGCCUCUAUCACUGAAGUGCUGGAAUCACAGGCGUCAUGCCAUAUAUAUGCUGUAAACCUAGGGCUUCGUGCAUUCUAAGCAAGCACUCUACUGAGCUAUAUUUCCCAGCCAGGAAUUUAUCUCUUCUAAUCUAAGAAUCCUGUUGCUGCGCAUCGUUCUUACUGGCGAGACGUUGGGCGCACGAUAAGUGGUGCCGAAACCCGGGAACUAACAUCGCCGGUACCGAGGGGACCCUUCAGUGUGCUGAAGAGGAUUCAGAACUGCGAGAAGGUAAAUUAAAAGGUAAGCUUCGAGAGGCAUGCCCCUUUUUGGAAGAGAGCAUGUCAGAAACGGAGCGGAGUGAGAAAUUAGGAGCACGCAAAAAGGAAAAGGUUACUAAAACAAAAGUGAAAGAGAUACAAAAGGCAGAAGAAAUGCUGCCAGAGGAAAAAAUAGGUGUGCCGGGAGGAUGAAGUACAAGUCAUCUGGAGAGGAUACUUUGUAUCCAUUAAAAGAAUUAGAAGCCUUAGAACUGGCUGGCAGUGACUCUGAGCAAGAGUUGUCAGAGUCGGAGGAGGAGGAAUUAGAGGAAGAGACAGCCAGAUAUGAGGAAGAAAGAUAUGGGCCUAGGUGGAGAGCCACUGUGAAGAAACUGAAAGUUAUGGAUCCUUUGUGGGCAAGGCUGGUAAUUUUGUUUCCUUUUUUCUUUGUGUGGGAUAGAGAAGCCACAGACCGCAAGCUUAAGCCUGGACCAAAACCUCUUUGGCGAAUGGUCCCUGCCUGCUUAGAGGAUAAACGAUGUGAGGAAGCCAUUACAGCGGUUAGGACAGGUCAGAGGGUCCUUGCAGAGCAACAAGAAAGUAUGUCGGAGGGAGAAAAGGUCUCAAAAGAAAAAAAGAAAAGAAAAGGAGAUAAAAGGAACAGAGAGAAGGCAGAGAUAAAAAAAGAGGAUAAUCAGGACCAGGAAACAAAUAAGAUAUAUUCUUCUUUAAAAGCCUUGACCUUAGAAAUGUCAGACAAUCUAGAAAGCAUCACCGACAGCUUAGAGAAAGUGAAACUGAAGGUAGAACCAUCAGGUCCCGGGCCUCCCACAGAGCAACAAAAGGAAGUGCAGGACUCGACCUCAGUUCCACCACCAGACUCGUAUUGACCCCUCGAAUGGGAACUCAGGUGGUGGAUACAUAUUUUAAAGGCCGCAGUAAGCAGAAUUCAGAAGGAUCUCAGAAAUUGAAAGCAUGUGCAAAGAUAAAGAUUUGGGGUAGUGGUAGUGGUCAAAAGGGGACAAGGUAAUAAUGGUAAAAUGUUUUUGUGUAUGUGUUCUUUUAGAGUUAUGUUAAAAUCUAGAGAAGCAAAGUCGAUUCUCAUAGAUGCUUUUAGUCUUUGGACCCUGACUAGAGACAGUUUACACCCUAGACAAGAGAGAGAAUGGGGUUGAGAAAAACAGUCCUCCCAAACUCUCCACAGAUGCUUUGGCAAAAGAAGGAAAUGAGCUUAAACUUUUUGGAGCUCUCCUGGGAGCAGAAGGAGGUGGGAGACGUCUUGCCUCCUUGCUGGCUCCUAUUUGAGAAGUGCUUAUUUCUGGUUCUGGGUUCUUUAGGUAGGAUGUCUGGGUCCCUUUGGUGGAACACCAUCUAGUUCUUUUCCUCUGUGUCUAUUGUCUGUCCUUGGUGCAACAAGCUGUCCAUGUAUGUCAAUUUUCAAUUUCACCACCCUCCUCAUGUGGGUAUUAACCCUCGUGGUCUGAUCCCGCUAAAACUUUGGCAGAUGGAUGUCACACACAUAUCUCAAUUUGGAAAUAUAAAAUAUGCUCAUGUUUCUGUUGAUACCUGUUCUGGUAUUAUACAUGCUACUCUGAUGACUGGUGAAAAGGCUCGUAAUGCCAUUAGUCAUUGCUUAGAGACAUGGGCGGCCUGGGGAAAGCCUGAUAGUCUCAAGACAGACAACAGGCCUGCCUACACUGCAAAGUCCUUUCAGGCAUUUUGCCAGACAAUGCAGGUUGGUCAUACUACAGGCUUACCAUACAAUCCCCAAGGUCAAGGAAUUGAGGAAAGGGUACAUUGUACUUUAAAAGAGCUUAUACAAAAACAAAAAGAGGGAAUUGCCAGCGACCAAACACCAAGAGAGCAACUUUCUUUAGCUCUUUUUACUCUACAUUUCUUAAUUUUGGAUGUGCAUGGCUGCUCUGCCACAGAUUGCCAAGCUACUACUACACCUAUAACUAAUGCAGAAGUAAAGUGGAAGGAUGUCUUAACUGAUGAAUGGCGUGGCCCAGAUCCCAUGAUUUCGAGAUCUAGGGGAGCAAUUUGUGUUUUUCCGCAGAAUCAAGGAAAUCCAAUUUGGGUACCCAAGCGCUUGACUUGCCUUCUGCUCUUCCUGAAGAUGAGACUACGAACCCUACUAUUACUACUGGGAAUGGUAAUACAGGUUAAUUCGCUCACUCUGUGGGCUAUUGCCAGAUCCUGGCCAGUACCCAUGCCAGUUCAUAGCAAGUCUACUGUUUUGCCAACCUUUUUCUUUCAAUGGGUGCUGUCCAAUGAGCAAGGGGCAUAUACAUCCCUGACCCCCUUUGCUAGGUUGAUGGGUAAGAACUUUGUGCUGUAUAAUGUUUCAGCUACCAGAAAAAAUGAUACCAGGUUGACCAAUAUUCAAUAUAAUAACCUCUUGGCAAAUAAUACUGCCACUAGUACUUCAGUAUGUGUUAGAUCACCUUUUUUCUUUCUGAUAAGCACUAAUGUCAGCAGUGGUGUUUUAAAUUGUAAUAGCUCUGAUGUAGUCUGCUAUUUAGCUGAAUGCUGGGAUGGCACCAAUGACACCGCAGUGAUGGUUAAGAUUCCCUCCUUUGUGCCAAUCCCAGUGGAGGCAAACCCAGAUAGCUUUUCUAUUCUUAAUUUGCUGAGAGCCAAAAGAGAUUUUGGAAUUAUGGCAGUCAUAAUAUCAGCCAUUGUGCUGUCUGCUGCUGCAGCUACCACAGCUGCAAUCACUAUGACCAAUCAAAUACAGAUGGCUGAGACUGUCAGAUUGUAGAAAGAACUGCAGUGGCGCUAGAGAUACAAGAAGAAUUUAAUACCCAUUUGGCAUCUGGCUUUCUAUUAGCUAAUCAAAGGAUAGAUUUAGUUCAAAAACAAAUUGAAGCACUGUGUCAUAUGAUGCAGCUGUCUUGCAUUUCCACCCUUAGAAGUUUAUGCAUUAUUCCUUUGUGAGCUAACUUUUCUCAGCAUUCUCAAUAGAGCAAAGAAAUCUCGAAUUACCUGAAAGGAAACUGGUCCAUGAAAGCAGAGCAACUAUCAAGACAAUUGCUGAUGCAGAUUGCUGUUCUCAACAGCACUAGGUUGGAUCCCAUCAUAGUUGAAGAUUUUACCUCAUGGAUUACCAAUGCUUUCUCCCUUUUUAAGGAGUGGACAGGCAUGUUUGCCUGGGAAGCUAUUGUCCUCCUGGGAUGCGGAAUAGGUCUCUGGCUUAUUGGCCGUUUAAAAAGAGAACAUGCCAGACACAAAGUGGUUGUUUACCAGGCUAUGACCACCAUUAAAAAGGGUGCUUCUCCCAACAUAUGGCUGGCCUCUUUGAAAGAUCAAGAGUUCGCCCUAGAUCAUUUUUGUCACUGUCAUGUGGAGUCAUUGUAUCCAGAGACGGGCAACUUUCCUCAAGCUCGGACCAACCUAAGACAUGGGGCCCGGUGGCGACAGGGUAACUCUACGACGGGUAAGGCUGAGUUUGGAUGAGAACAACCUAAGACAGGAGCAAUGACAAGAUUGAGGUGACACCCAGAUCUAGACCAGUCAUUUUAUUAAACAAAAAAGGGGGAGAUGUAGGGCGCCUCCAGUAAAGGCUUGUUCGCAGAAGAAUCCUGUUGCCGCGCAUCGUUCUUACUGGCGAGACGUUGGGCGCGUGACACCCCCUUGAACACUGGAGAGUUUGUCACAUUUGAUGUGUGUGUGAGGGGGGGUACAUCUGAAAAAUUUGUGAAAGUUGUGAAGCACAUUCUUUCUAGACAGGCUAGAUUAAGGUCACUAUGGCUAAUGGGGAAGAUAUGAGGAUCCCUGGUUCAGACAUCAGAAACCCCCUUGGACCAUACAGUAGUUUGUAAAAUCUAUGGCUCUGAAGCAGUAGGUCUGCAUGCUAGCUGAGAAUGACAUGUAUUCAUUUGACUUCCUUGUUUAGACAGAAUAUACCUGACAACCCCUUGAGCCUAUGAGAAGGAUUUGAGCUCACUUAGACAAUGGGAAAUGUUGGGAGCGAUGCCUUGAAACCCUCCAUUGUUGAUGUUAUUAUUAUGGUUAGCGUUAAGUAUGACUGGGUUUAUGGAAAAUCCCCAGCUAGCUGCAGAAGACUAGUACAAAUCUGGUGGUCAGAAUGAAUAAUAAUAUGAUAAAGUUCUGACCUUGCUGAGAAAUACCUCUGAAGUCAAGAUACCCAAUGUGCUGACCUGUAACCUUUCUGAAAAACCAACAUCCUGCUGACCAAUAGAUAUGACAAAUCUGUGACAUUUCUAACAUCCUGUCAACAUCAGCCAAUUCCCUGACCACACGAAUACUGUGUCCUUGGCCUGUGUAAAUGUUUCAUACUUCCCCCUUUCCUCUGUUACCCCUGUUAUGGUAUAAAUUCAGCCUUGGGAAAAAAUAAAAUUGUCACCUCGAUCAGA